AUGUCGUUGAGAAGGGGCUUGACUAGAUUUGCUAAUUUUAAAACAACACGAAUCUUUAAAAUAAGAUCAUUAAGUACUCAUACAGCUCCAAAUGAUCAAAGUACUGAAAGAAAACAAACACAUUUUGGUUUCGACACUAUUGACGAAGAGGAAAAGACUAAAAAAGUGCAUGAGGUAUUUGAAACAGUAGCUGAUAAAUAUGACGUAAUGAAUGAUGUUAUGUCUCUGGGUAUUCACCGUGUAUGGAAGGAUAUUUUUAUGCAAAAAUUGGCUCCUAGACCUGGUACUAAGUUGCUUGAUAUGGCUGGUGGAACAGGUGAUAUAACAUUCCGGUAUAUCAACUACUUGAGAAAUAUUGGACAAAAACAAACAGAUAAACCUAGUCAUGUCACAGUAAGUGACAUCAACCAGUCUAUGCUAGAUGUUGGAAAAAUAAGGGCAGAAAGACAGGGUUACAAAGGAGAUCCUUUGGUGUCUAUAGACUGGCUGUGUGCUGAUGCAGAGAAAUUGCCAAUACCAGAUGAGAGUUAUAAUGCCUACACCAUUGCUUUUGGAAUUAGAAACUGUACACAUGUGGAUAAGGUUUUAGAAGAGGCAUUCCGUGUGCUGCAGCCUGGUGGACGUUUUAUGUGUUUGGAGUUCAGUCAUUUGUCAAACACACAACUACAAUGGAUGUAUGACCAGUACUCCUUCCAAGUGAUACCUGUGCUGGGGCAACUAGUAGCAGGACAAUGGAAGCCUUACCAGUAUCUUGUCGAAAGCAUUAGACAGUUUCCAGAUCAGGAUAGAUUCAAAGCAAUGAUUGAAGACGCAGGCUUCAGGCAGGUUACUUAUGAAAAUUUGACAUUUGGUGUGUGUUCCAUACAUUCUGGGUUUAAGUUGUAA